AUGUUGAAUACAGCCUGUGAAGACCGUAUGGAAGCAGUAAUCGAAAAGAAUGAGAGGCCAGCGCCUGUUUCAUUCUUCCAUCCAUCUCUCAAUGCAACUCGUCUGCGAGUGACUCGGCAAUGGGUACAAACAGUAUUGACGCUCUGCGUCUUUGUCCUGGUGGUUUUAUCUCUUUUCUGGGCUGUACAGUUCAACGUUGAAAAGAACAUGUCCGCCUUGCCGGUGUGGGUUGUCGAUUUUGACGGCCAAGUGGAACCAUAUCGCGCACCCGAUCCAUUCGUCGGUCCUCUUGUUACCAAUAUCACUGAAGAUCUCAUUAGAUCUAGUCGCGCUCAUUUGGGCUAUGAGAUCAAGUCACCUGGAGACUUUGAGAAUGAUCCCAUGGCGGUGCGCCAAGCUGUUUACGACGAGCGUGCGUAUGCAGCCAUCAUUAUCAACUCCAAUGCUACGGCACUCUUGUAUGCAGCACUUUCGAAGGGGAAUACCACGUAUGACCCUAAAGGUGCGGUCUCGGUCGUUACUCUGUCUGCUCGUGAUCAGACAUCCUAUUCAAGUUACAUUACGCCUAGGAUUUACCAGUUCGAAAGUGCGGUCCUUUCGAAAUUCGGUUCGGCCUGGAUCAAAAUUGUCGCCAACGAAAAUUUCACUCAACUUGCCACAGUUCCUCAGGCUGUGAAUCCAGGUAUUGGAUUCACAAGCUUGGAUCUGAGGCCGUUUGGGCCCGUAGUGGCUACCCCUGCAAUUACGAUAGGACUGAUUUAUCUGAUUAUCAUUGCGUUCUUCACUUUCCCUUUCCUCAUGCCUAUCCACUCCCAGUUUGUCGCAGGCAGCCAGGUCACCUUGAAAAUUCCCCACUGGAUCAUAUGGCGUAUUGUGUCCAAUAUUGUGGCAUAUUUUUUCCUAUCACUUUUCUACUCGUUUGUGUCUUUAGCAUACCAGAUCCCCCUAUCAAACCCUUCAGCUCCUGGAACUGUCCUUGCCAGCAACGCUAACAAAUAUGGAGCUGGCUCAUUCGUUGUAUAUUGGAUGCUUAAUUGGGUUGGCAUGUCUGCUCUUGGAUUUCCAUGUGAAAAUAUGGCAAUGGUGCUUGGAUUCCCAUGGAGCUCAUUUUUUCUUAUUUUCUGGGUUAUUACCAAUGUGGGGACCGGGUUUUAUGCUUUGGAUCUUGCCCCAAGUUUCUUCCGGUGGGGAUAUGCAUGGCCUCUCCAUAGAAUCGUCGAAGCCUCUCGUACAAUUCUCUUCGACACUCACUCACGCAUCGGCCUUGACUUCGCUAUUCUGUUCGCUUGGAUUGCUGUGUCGCUGGCUUUCUUCCCUGUUGCCACCUUUAUCAUGCGUUGGAGGAUAAUGCGUUUCGGAAAGUAG